CGCUCUCGCCAUCCCCCAUCGCGACGAUGCUGCCCGUCGUGCAAGACUGAAGCGACCAAGUGGACCGUUCUCGUCGCGCGUGAGAGGAGCUCACGAAGACGCAAUCGCUGCGCCCCGACCGCCACCAUGUCUGGCGCCUUCGAAGAGACGGCCAGCCUGGAGGAGAACACCGACAGUUUCUGGGAGGUGGGGAACUACAAGCGCACAGUGAAGCGGAUCGACGACGGUCAUAGGCUGUGCAAUGACCUCAUGAAUUGCAUCCAGGAACGAGCUAAAAUUGAGAAAGCCUACUCCCACCAUCUUACCGAGUGGUCCAAAAGAUGGAGACAGCUUGUGGACAAAGGUCCUCAGUACGGCACUGUAGAACGUGCUUGGAUGUCACUAAUGACAGAAGCGGAGAAGGUGAGUGAUCUUCACCAUGAAGUGAAGAACAGUCUGAUGAGUCAGGACUUUGAGAAGGUGAAGAACUGGCAGAAAGACUCGUACCACAAGCAGAUGAUGGGAGGCUUCAAGGAAACCAAAGAGGCGGAGGAGGGAUUCAAGAAGGCCCAGAAGCCCUGGGCUAAAAAGUUGAAGGAGCUUGAGGCCGCCAAGAAGGCAUACCACAUGGCCUGCAAAGAGGAGAAACUGGCAUCUACGAGGGAGACCAACGGCAAGAGCGAAGCCUCGGUGACUGCUGACCAGCUGAAGAAACUCCAUGAGAAAGUGGACAAGUGCAAACUGGAUUCGGAGAAGGCCAAGGACAAGUACGAAAAAGCUCUGGAUGAGCUGAACAAGUGCACGCCUCUGUACAUGGAGAACAUGGAGCAGGUCUUCGACCAGAGUCAGCAGUUUGAAGAGAAGAGGCUGAGCUUCCUCAGGGAGGUGCUGCUGGAUGUCAAACGCCACCUCAACCUCACAGAGAACCAAAGUUACGCAUCAGUGUACCAGGAACUUGAACAUGCCAUCACGUCAGCCAGCGCUCAAGAAGAUCUGCAGUGGUUCAACAACAACCAUGGCCCCGGCAUGCACAUGAACUGGCCGCAGUUUGAGGAGUACAACCCAGACCUUACCCACAGCAUCACUAAGAAGGAAAAGUCAAAGAAAGGCGAUUCCAUCAUGCUGACCAAUGUCACGGCAACGGUUGACAUGGCCCAAGCUGGAGAUCAGGGCAGUGUGAGCAGCUACGAGAAGAACCAGGCUCACACGGCCUCCAACGAGUGGUCAGAUGAGGAGCAGACGCUCCCCAAUUCGGCCAGCGACACCAACGGCGGUGCCAACCCCUUCGAAGAGGACUCGGCCGGCGGCGUGAGAGUCCGGGCGCUGUACGAUUACGAAGGCCAGGAGCAGGACGAGCUCAGUUUCCGAGCAGGCGACGAGCUGACAAAGUUGGAGGAAGAGGACGAGCAGGGCUGGUGCAAAGGUCGCCUGGACAGCGGUCAACUGGGUCUCUACCCGGCUAAUUAUGUGGAGCCGAUCUAACGCUCUCACUGCCGAGAACGCAGGGACAAACUCUUAACUGGACUCAACCAUCCAGGCGUGGAUGCACAUUGACCACCUCCGCCUUUUUCGAGCACCCAAACUUUGUUUAACCAUUCAGGACCAUGCGACUCCUAAUUACUGCGUUUUUAUGAUACGGUCUUCAAAGCGGUGCCUGGAUUAGCAAGAAUGAGCUAUGCAUUGUGCAUUCAAUGUUUGUAUUUACAUCAUUGUUUUUUUACCAUCUGGAUGCUUGUACAGUGUUCACGCCUCAUGUGUUUUCUGUUAUUGUGAGUUUUUGACAUAUUUAGCCUGAAAGGAAUAGUCCAGUUUUGAGAGAUCACACUACCGACAGGCUACGUUAGCAUUCACACUCACGUUCGCACCUAUGUACAAUUUAUGACUUCAAUGAACCUCAAACAUGUUUUUUGGGGGGUUUUUUUCAAAUGCGGGAGGAAACCAGGGCCAAGAUUCAAAUCCAGAAACUCAAAACUGUGAGGUAGACAUGCCAACCAUUAGGACACCGUGCUGCCCAUCUGUCAACAACCGAUCAGCAAAAACACGAAAUGUUAGUUAACACCUGACAUUUUUACACUUCCGUUUACUGAAUACACAAAUGACAGACGUGUUAGCAGUUGAAGCGUUUUUGUGCUAAAAUAAGCUAAGCCCACCAGGUAUAAGAGAGAGUAGAGGAUUUUUUUUUGUGAUCAUGGCAGUAGCGUACAAAAGUGUUCGGUUUUCCUCAUUCCAACAACUAGCGCCAGAUGUGUUCAACUACGGCGGACCGUGUUUUCCAUCUUUGCGCUAAGCCAAGCUAUCCAGGUACUAGAAAAGGAUUUUAUCGGGGCACAAAAAUACAAAAGUAUUUGGUUUUUACAUCUUCCAACAUUGACAACAGAUGUGUUGAACUUCAUACUACCCUCACCUCUGCUACACAAUACAAUAACACACACACAGUACAAUAACGGCACAAAGGUUUUUAUUUAUUCGAACAGCUCAUGCCAGAUCUAUUAAAUGUUUCUUCUUUUUUUUAGCAUGUUAAGUUUGUAAUUCUAAUAUGGGUGGCAACACAUCAGCAGGAAAUCUUUUGAAGGCUAUUAGACAGUCACAUUUAAGGAGGGUUGAAAAGUUAUAUAGACCAUGUUGGCGAAGUCGUCCAAACAGUAAGAGUGUAGACCGUGUUUAUUCUCCCAAAUCCCAGACUAUUGCUUUAUUGCUUUGACUGACAUUUUAUCCCAUCCAUUUUUUAUUCUGACUCUUUCCGUGUGCAUGUUGGGAGUGGCUAAAGAGACAAUUUGUUUAUGCUUCUCUUUGGAAUGAAAUUGAUGGUUUACCUGAACAGCAUAUCUUCAUCUUUCAUUUUUCCCAAACUGGGGGGUUGUGUCGGGUCCUGAAAUGGCUCACGGGUUAAUUUUAGGAGCCGGGAGCCUGUUUUGUUGAUCUUCAAGCAAGCAGUUUCUUUUCAAAAGGCUUUUUGAGGCCUGCAUUCUGUUUAGAACAUGGGUUGAUGUACAGUAUAUGUUGUAAAUUUGAAAUAAUGGAAAGAAGGCUUUGAGGUAACUUCUCAGUGGGAUGUUUUUAUUUCACUUUUAAUUUUAUUUUUGUUUAUUUUCAUUUUAUUCUAUUUAAGGUUUUUUUACUUCCAUUUUCCUUUGUUGUUUUUAUCAUUGAAUUACAUUUGUACUUUUGUUUCAUUUGUAUUGUAUUUUUAUAUUUGUUUUUAUUCCAUUUUAUUUUAUUCUGUCCAUAUUUGAUUUUGUUUUUCAUUUCAUUUAUUAUUUUCAUUGUAUUUUUUUGUCAUUCCAUUUAGUCAUAUUUUUAUGACUUUAUAUUUGAUUCUAUUAUUUAUUUAAUCUUUUUUCUAUUUGUUUGUUUCAUUGUAUUGUACUGUUGUAUAAUCGGAUUCUGUUUUAUUUUGGUUUUCAUUUCACACUAU